GUGACCUCAACUGAAAGAGAAAGGGUUUAGACUUACACACAAGUGUUUCUCUGUGGCACCGCUUCAUUGAAGAAGGAUGCAGCCUCUUAAGAUGACUAUGUGUGAGGCCGUGGUCCCAAAGCGGCGUGGGCCACUGUCCCAAGUGUGCACUGCGGUGAUGGGCUUGGCGUGUGUCCUGCUGGCUUCGACCUUGGGAGUCGAAGUUCAAGGCCUGGGCCAGGUGGUUGUGCUGAGCCUCUGUGGCCUCUCUGUUGGCGUCAUUCUGCAUGGAGCCUGUCUGUUAGCCGAGGAGGCCACCGCACACUUCAGACAGCGGUACGACAAUAGUGUUACUCGGAUGCUGAAGGCGUGUGUGUGUUGGCAGGCACAGGUGUGUGUGUGUGUUCUGUCUGCAGUUUGUGUGCUCCAUGGAGUGCCGCUCGCGUUGGGGGAAAUGGGCACGGUCCUCCUCAUUGCAGGCUGCUACCUACUGCUGAAGACAGUAGGAGUGAUGGGUCCAAGUGCAGUGGAAAUGUCUGAGAUCUCUGAGAGGCAGCAGAUGAACGUGGCCCAAGGCUUGGCCUGGUCUUUCUACCUCGGCUACCUGAAGCUGGUCCUGCCAUUGCUGGAGGAUGCAGUGCAGGAGUACAACAUGCAGAAACGUGGCCAGCCAGCAGAGGGCAGUCUGAGGGGCCCGUGGGCGUCUCGUCUGCACAUCCUGCUACCCCUGAGCGCCUCCGUCUGUGCCCAUCCCGAGGACGACGACAACCGGGUCCAGUUCCAUGCCAACCUCCCACCCAUGGAGAUGGACCGCGCUGGGGUACGGAAACGGGUCUUCAAGAAUAGUGUGUACAGCGUAAAGGAUGCCAAUGGACAGACCCACUACUGUAUCCUGGAGUCGGCCACCCCCCUGCUGACCCUGCACCAGAUGUCCGAGGAGGGCAGCGCUGGCUUUGGGGCGUCUGAGAGGCGGCAGCAGGUGCUCCUCUUCUACAGAACGCUCCGGGCCAUUCUAGAAGACUCCCCCGACUGCCGCAACCGCUACCGCCUCAUCCUGCUGGACGACACGAAUGCCUGCGACCCUCACUUCCUGUCCAACGAGAUCCUAGAGCACCUGCAGCAGCAGAAUGGGGAGGAGUUUCAGAUGAGCCUGCCAAUGGAAAAGCCUCCCCUUCCCCAACAAGAGGAAGGCCUGCGGGUAGCCAAUGGAGCGGCAGGCGUCCAGUAUGAGCACAGCCAGUCGAUGAGCAGCACCACGCUCAUGAUCAGUCGUGCCAUGCCAUGCUCUCUCCGCUCCCAGCAGCCCGAGGAGCACUCAGAACAUUAGCAAAGUAACACACACACACACACACACACACACACACACACACACACUACUUACUUACUUUACAGUACUUUAUUUUCAGUUUGCAGUGAUUUUUUUGUGCACAUCUUGCGCACAUGCACACACACAGACACACAGACACAGACACAGACACACAC